GGCGAGUCAUGGCGUUGGGGCUACAGCGCGCAAGGUCGAGCACGGAGCUGCGCAAGGAGAAGUCCCGGGAUGCGGCCCGCAGCCGGCGCAGCCAGGAGACCGAGGUGCUGUACCAGCUGGCGCACACGCUGCCCUUCGCGCGCGGGGUGAGCGCCCACCUGGACAAGGCCUCCAUCAUGCGCCUCACCAUCAGCUACCUGCGCAUGCACCAACUCUGCGCCGCAGGGGAGUGGAACCAGGUGGGAGCAGGGGGCGAACCACUGGAUGCCUGCUACCUGAAGGCCCUGGAGGGCUUCGUUAUGGUGCUCACCGCCGAGGGAGACAUGGCUUACUUGUCAGAGAAUGUCAGCAAACACCUGGGCCUCAGUCAGCUUGAGCUGAUCGGACACAGUAUCUUUGAUUUUAUCCACCCCUGUGACCAAGAGGAGCUUCAGGACGCCCUGACCCCCCGGCAGAGCCUGUCCAGAAAGAAGCCGGAGGCCCCCACCGAGCGGUGCUUCUCCUUGCGCAUGAAGAGCACCCUCACGAGCCGCGGGCGCACCCUCAACCUCAAGGCAGCCACCUGGAAGGUACUGCACUGUUCUGGACACAUGAGGGCCUACAAGCCCCCUGCACAGUCUUCCCCAGCCGGGAGCCCCAACUUGGAGCCCCCCCUGCAAUGCCUGGUGCUAAUCUGUGAAGCCAUCCCCCACCCUGGCAGCUUGGAGCCCCCGUUGGGCCGGGGGGCCUUCCUCAGCCGCCACAGCCUGGACAUGAAGUUCACCUACUGUGACGAGAGGAUUGCGGAGGUUGCUGGCUACAGCCCUGAUGACCUGAUUGGCUGUUCUGCCUAUGAGUACAUCCAUGCGCUGGACUCAGAUGCAGUCGGCCAGAGCAUCCAUACCUUGCUGAGCAAGGGCCAGGCAGUAACGGGGCAGUACCGCUUCCUGGCCCGGAGUGGUGGCUACCUGUGGACCCAGACCCAGGCCACAGUGGUGUCGGGGGGCCGGGGCCCCCAGUCUGAGAGUAUCGUCUGCGUCCAUUUCCUCAUCAGCCGGGUGGAAGAGACCGAAGUGGUGCUGUCCCUGGAGCAAACGGAGCGACACUCUCGCAGACACGUUCAGAGGGGCACCCCCUCUCAGAAGGAUGCCCCUAAUCCUGGUGACAGCCUUGACACCUCUGGUCCCCGGAUCCUAGCCUUCCUGCACCCCCCUGCCCUGAGUGAGGCCGCCCUGGCCGCUGACCCCCGUCGUUUCUGUAGCCCUGACCUCCGUCGCCUCCUGGCACCGAUCCUGGAUGGGACUUCAGUAGCCGCUACCCCCAGCGCACCCCCAGCCCCACGGCGCCCCCGAAGUCCUCUUCCGGCUGAUCUCCCAGAUGAACUACUUGUGGAUGUGGAGAACGCACACAAACUCUUUGCCUCUGGGAAAGACCUUGAGGCAGUGGAGACAGAUCUAGAUAUAGCUCAGGACGUCGAUGCUCUGGACUUGGAGAUGCUGGCCCCCUACAUCUCCAUGGAUGAUGACUUCCAGCUCAACUCCAGUGAGCAGCUACCCAGGGCCUACCACAGACCUCCAGGGGCUGUUCCCCGGCCCCGUGCACGGAGCUUCCACGGCAUGUCGCCCCCAACCCCUGAGCCCUCCCUGCUGCCCCGCUGGGGGAGUGACCCCCGGCUGAGCUGUUCCAGCCCCUCCAGAGGGGACCCCUCAGCAUCCUCCCCCAUGGCUGGGGCUCGGAAGAGGGCCCUGGCCCAGAGCUCAGAGGACGAGGCAGAGGGGGUGGAGCUGCUGGGAGUGAGACCCCCCAAACGGUCCCCCAGCCCAGAACCCGAAAACUUCCUGCUGCCUCCCCUCAGCCUGAGUUUCCUUCUGACAGGAGGACCAGCCCCAGGGAGCCAGCAGGAUCCCAGCACCCACCUCCUAGAACUGAAUGAGCCCCUGGGCCUGGGCCCCUCCCUGCUCUCUCUCUACCCGGACGAGGACACCGCCCAGCCCAGGAGCCACUUUCAGCCAGAGGCAGGCUUGGCCCAGGCCAACUGAGCCAGGUCCUCUUCCCAUCUCCCUUCCCCGCCCCCCCCCCGUCCCCCGCCCCAGCCAAGAAAGGACGUCAAUCAUACUCCAAGCCGGCAGCCAAUGCACAGGAUGGAGGUGCCGGGAGAGGGGUUCCCUCUCUCCUCUCGGUGACCCCCGCCCGCCUCAGGCCUACCUCAGUCCCCACCCCUCUGCCCCACCCCCACUGUCUGGGGGUGCUCCGGGGUGGUCUCAGCUCAG